AUGAUAAGUUUUUAUGUUCAGAUUCUUCUAAUAAUUCUGUUUUGGAAUGCUGAUUGUCAGAUUAUUCCCAGGAUUGAAGAAUGUGGACUUUCUUGUUCUCAGGGGAUUCACUGUAAAAGCAAACCUUCUGGUGGCAUUUUUAACAGCUUCUGCCAUGAUGUUCCUGCAUCUUUAUCUUCUAUGGUACUGAAAAGCAUGAAGAUCUCAACAGUGAUGAAAUGUGUGCAAGGAAGCCCAUGCUCUCUUCAUUUAAACAUUAAAGGAACACUGAGUCUGGAUGAGAAUGUCCGUGGGCUGGAAAUAUGUUCUUUUUCACUGGACACACAGCAAUCUCAAUGCAUAAAUGUGAGAUUCACCAGGAAAAAAAGCAAGAUGCUUAAUGGAAAGAAGGUACAGGUACAAUUCAACUGCAUUGAAGUCAAUGUAGCACAACACAUCUAUGUGACCAUGAAAACUGUACCACAUUACUGUGAAGUCAAGCUGAGUCAGCAAUACUAUGUUGAAGAUUGCAGAAACAGUGAUGUGGGAAAAUAUAUUCCAGCUUGUUCAGCUGGAAAGUUAGCUUAUAAUUUAGACAGGGCAAGGAAAAUGGUAACAGUGAAUGUGUCCAACUUUCCCCGAGAUCAAGAUUAUUACGUUCGCCUGUGCCACAAAUGGUUCACCUGUGAAGAUGCUGGGGCAUUUGCUGUGAUAAAAGGAAAGGAAUCUUUUAAGUCCGUUUCUCUGAAGUAUUCUCAGCUACUCCCUUGUCUUUGCAUUGAGGGCUGGCUGGCACUUCCAGAUGCAAGGAGGGUACAGCUUUGCCCCUUUGAAAAUGAGACACAGGUGCUAUGGGACAAUAUUGUUUAUAACCCAUCAACACAAACCCUUGCCUGGGAGCCAGCCUGUCCUGUCCUUGUCAUGGUCAAUCUAUGCAGGUUCACCAAGUCGAAUGACCACUGUGAAGAUAUAGAAAAAUCUUUCAAAAAUUCUUCUGAGAAACAGGUCAAAUAUUCUCGUGUGGACACCCACCCAAGACUUUGCAUGAAGUUUACCACCAAACGAGGAUCUUGGAUUAAAUGUCCAUUUGCUCAUGGAGAAUUUCCAGCCUGGAAAAUGAGGACUGCUGCAGUUGCAGAACAAAUACAAGUUUUCUUCACAUCCCAAACCAAGGCACAGUUCUCAGUGCUUGUGUGUAACAGGACGCAGAUGGCUUCAUGUGAAUCUCUUGGGAUGCACCAUUCAGUCUCUGUGGGAGAUCCUGUUUCAAUCACUAUGUCACAGGAAAUGUGUGGGUCAACAAUUUGCAUUCAGGGCUGGAGAACAGAUGUAGAUUAUUCAGUUCCACUGCAAAUCUGUGAUACCUUCUGUGGUUUUCAUGGUCAGUCAUACAGUGAUGGAAACCCACCAAAAGCCAUGACACACAGGAUGAAGAAUGUGGAGUCCUUGCAUUGAAUCUAACAACAUGUUUU